AUGAGUCUCAAGUACCGAGGCUACAUCCGUGAAUUGGCCAUGAAAGCCAUUCCAGAUAUUAUGGCUGAAGCACCACUUGUCGAGCAGCACGAGUCUGAGCACGGGUCAUACGGUUCAUGUUCACAGUCGUGGCGAUGGACGUGCCACCCCGCUAACUGA